UUGCAUGCAAUCAUUCCUCCAUUUGUUCAACCCAUGUGCAUGUGCGUCUGCGUAUCCCUUGCUAUCAAUUCAUUUCAUUUAGAUUCCGCCGUCCAUGUUUGAUGACCUCCUUCUGGAUCACCACUCCGCCCACAGCGGCUUGGACCGCAGAAAAGCACAUGUACCAUCAGCCCCAAGCCAGACCUUCCGCAUGUGCUGCAUUGGGUCCGGAACCCCCGUCCACUCUCCAACUUCCAAGAGUCCUUUGGUGGAAUAAGGUUGCCAAUUGGCCUUCGGCUAUCAUACGUCUUACCGAGCUCCAGACGAGAGGGAGUCAAAGGGCGAGAAGGACAAAGACACAUAUGCAGGUGGUUACAGGAAAAGUCAGGCGCAACACAAAUGCUGCGCACAUCCAAGGGCACAUUGAACAUACGUAUGUAUCAGCGAUACCUCUUUUCCCGGCGCUUGGACGUGGCUCUCAGCUUGCGACCGCCAUUGUCAUCGGACAAGGCCUAUCCGGGACGGAGGCGGUCUUAAGGCUUUUCGCGAGUAAUAAGAUGCACCGUGGACCAUGGAGCACCGGCCUAGUAGCAUCUCCAAAAACACUGCCAGACGAGUAG